AUGGCACCAAAAAAGAAUGAAAAAGGCCCCGCCAAAAAGGUGGAUGUCAAAAAGGCUGUCGAGGACAAGACCUUUGGCAUGAAGAACAAGAAGGGUGCCGUCGCCAAGAAAACAAUUGCCCAGCUUGAAGCCAGCUCGAGUUCACAGCAGAAACGCAAAGACGCCGAGAAGGCCGCCCGUGAGCGCGAGAAGAAGGCCGCCGAAGAUGCGAAGCGAGAGAACGAGUCGCUGCUCAACAAACCCGCUCAGAUACAAAAAGUGCCGUUCGGUGUUGACCCCAAGACGGUUGUCUGCAUCUUCUACAAGAAAGGGAAUUGCGAGAAGGGCAAGAAGUGCAAAUUUUCCCACAACUCGGACAUGGAUCGCAAGACCGAAAAGAUCAACCUGUACCAGGAUACACGGGCGGAUGAGGAAGAGAAGAAGAAGCAGGAGACAUCGGCCGACUGGGACGAGGAGAAGCUCCGGACGGUCGUGCUCUCCAAGAAGGGGAACCAGCGUACAUCGACCGACAAGGUGUGCAAGUUCUUCAUCCAAGCCAUCGAGGAGGGCAAAUACGGCUGGUUUUGGAUCUGCCCGAACGGCGGCGACAAGUGCAUGUACAAGCACGCACUUCCACCUGGGUUCGUGCUCAAGACGAAAGAACAGAGGGCGGCAGAGAAGGCUCUCAUGGACAAGUCGCCACUCAAGACCCUCACCAUCGAAGAGUUUCUCGAGUCCGAGCGGCACAAGCUCACCGGAACGCUCACACCCGUCACCCCCGAGUCAUUCGCCAAGUGGAAGAAAGAGCGUCUCGACAAGAAAGCGGCCGAGGAGGCGCUACGGAAGGCCAAAGAGGCGACCGGCCGUGCGUUGUUCGAAAGCGGCAACUGGCGCGGAGACGACGAAUCCGAAGAGGAAGAGGAAGAAGAAGACGACUCGGCCUGGAAUCUCGAGAAGCUACGGCGAGAAACGGAGGCCCUUCGGACAAAGAGGGAGGAGGAGCGGCUGGCGGCCUUGCACGGAGUACCGUUGCCGAGUAGUGUGCCCAACGGGGAGGAGCCAGGGGAAGAAGAGACGGAGCCAGAGGCUGUACCGAACACUUGA